CUUCCUCCUCCUAAAUCGCUGCCGAGUUCCAUGGCUCCUUCGGAACUCAGAUCCAGGGUAUCAUGGUAGUAGUCUCUGCCCGGAGUCUACGCUGGUUCGACUGACGUCGGAAUUCGUCCCCCAGCUCCACUGUCCUCGCUUCCAACCCGUCCAUCACAUCUUUCAGCUACGGAAUUAUUUUUUUAGGGUUCUCGCCUAGCUCUCCAUCCCUGCUAGACACAGCCUGGGAGUUGUUAUUGGAUGCAGCCGAUCCCCCGCUAUCAUUCACAUGUCCCCUGGUUUUGUUCGGCACGAGUCGCGUCUCGGCGAUACGGACAGGGAUGUGAAAUUAGGUCUGGCAGGGCUCAAUCACAAACACUCUACGGAGUACUACUACCUACUAGCUACCUAGGAAAUCCCCCCUUAUUAUUGAGUGGCUGCCUUCGCUGUCACUGUCAUUAUGUAAGUUCUGAUUUCUCGCCAUGUGGCAUCCAUGGGCUUACCAUGGCUGGCCAGAGCUGGUCUCUCAAGUAUGGGUUAAUUUUUCUGUCUCCUCCAUCGCUUUGGAAAUCGGAUCCACCGAAUCUCGUCGUGUCUCGGGGGACGGCUGUCCCGGCGGCGCUCCCAUUGGACCCUGCCAACUCAGUCCCCAGCGCUUUAGCCAUCUCCUCCGAUCUAGAUGGAGUCGGACACAGGCCCAGUGGGGUAGCUCGCCUAUGCGAUCGGAGUAGUUCGCUGCUAGCCUGGGAUUCUGAAAAGAGAUAUCCAGAGAGGGUCGGACACUGGAACGCUAAGCUGUGCUAAACCAAAUUCCUGGACAUGGGCUCGAUCCAGGAUAGGAUUUAUGAUCCAUGGCCCAAACGCCAUCGAGGGGCUUUCCCCUCGUAAACCUGGUUCUGGCUUGCCAGUCAAGACUCGCAGCCGCGUGGGCACAAUCAUAUUAUCCGAGCAGUCCUGGCAUAGGAGCAACUGUACUACAUAUACUACUUGAUAUGGCCCUGCCGUGUAUGCUGAUUAUUACCUUGCCUUUGUCCAUCCGCACGUCAUUACUUGUCU